AUGCCUUUUUCCAUCGACUUGAAGAAUCAAUGUAUCAUAGUUACGGGUGGGAAUCGUGGCAUUGGUCUUGCACUGUCCCAAGCUUGUGCUGAUGCCGGGGCUGCGGUGGGCAUUGUCUAUAACAGUGCUCAAGAUGCCCCGGAUCGCGCGACUGAAAUUUCCAAGAAGUACGGGGUGAAGUGCAAGGCUUACCAAUGUGAUGUUGGAGAUCAGGAAAAGGUUAAGCAAGUCUUCCGAAAGAUCAACUCGGACCUUGGUCCUGUGACUGGUUUAAUUGCAAAUGCCGGAGUUUCGGUGGUUAAAGAUGCGCUGCAAUAUAAUAAAGAGGAUUUUUCCAAGAUCUUCGAUGUCAACGUUUUCGGCGUCUUCAAUAGUGCGCAAGCGAUCGCUCAGAUAUGGACCGAAACUGGCUUCAAGAAGGGCAGCAUUGUGAUCACUUCUUCCAUGAGUUCCCAAAUCUGCAAUCGCCCUUUGACUCAAUGUUUUUACAACUCGUCCAAGGCGGCCGUUUCCAAUCUCGGAAAAUGCCUCGCUGCUGAAUGGGCUGAUAAGUCGAUUCGCGUCAAUAUGCUUUCUCCAGGGUACGUAAAAACUGAUCAAACGUCGCACAUGGACCUUAGCUUGAGAGAUUUCCAAGCCGAUGGCGUACCGCUUAAACGUUUCGCUGAGCCUGAAGAGAUGGCCGGACAAGCAAUUCUCUUGCUGAGCUCCAAAGCCUCUUACAUGACUGGAGGAGAAUACUUCGUCGAUGGCGGUAACUUAGUUUGGUAA